GAAGCGCGCUGUGUAUAAUGGACGAGUGCACGAGCCGGGUGUUCGUUCCGCUUCCGGUUUGCGGGGAUGUUGCUAUGCGAUGUGGAGUGUAGCUGUUGAUAUGCUGUUGGCCGGACGCUGCCGUUCUUCACACAACAGCUGGAGGCUGGUGUGAGGAAGCGGCGCUGCCAUGGCGUCCGGACCGGGCUCGGUGCCCGUGGUUCAGCCCGGCGUGGGCCCCGCUGGCACUGACCGGCUCUUCCGGAAGCCCAGAGACCUGAUGGGUUCGUCUACACACUACAGACCUCCGCGCUCUCUCCCUGACGUCUGCCCCAAGGAGCCUACAGGUGAGGCGCGCGGGCUGAGCGACGCUCCGUCAGUGGUGGCGGAUCAGCACCGAUGGACGGUAUAUAACUCUAAGGUGAACCUGCCGGCGGCGCUGAACGACCCGCGGCUGGCCAAGCGCGAGUCCGACUUCUUCACCAAGACCUGGGGAUUGGACUUCACCGAGGGGGAGGUGAUGCCCUCGUACAGCCUGCCCAACAUCACAGCCGAACACUUCAGCACGUACCUGAAUGACACUGCUCAGAGGGAGAAAAUCCACGAGCGGUGUAAAAACAUCUGCCCCAAUAAAGACGACCUCUCCAUCCCCAACAUCACAAACAAUCACGAUAAAGCCAAAGAGGAGCUUGAGCAGGUGCCUAAGAUCUUCAUGAGGCCUGACUUCGUACUGAGCGACCCGGCCACCUUCAGCGCCGUGUUGCCGUGGUCGCACUUCAGCGUCGCCGGGGGGAAGAGCGGCCGGGAUGCCGCAUCGUCACGGUUACUGCAAGAGAAAUUGAGUCACUACCUGGACGUGGUGGAGGUGAGCAUCGCGAGACAGAUCUCUCUGCGCUCCGAGGCGUUCUUCCACGCCAUGUCGUCUCAGCGCGAGCUGCAGGAGCAGCUGUGCGAGGCGGCGGGCGCCGUGAGGGCGCUGCGGGAGCAUACGGCCAGCAUGGGGCGCACCAUGAGCCUCGGGCCUCUGCGGGCGCUGCGGCACACGGUCACGCGCAAGAACUGCGUCACGCUGCACAGUAAACUGAAGCUGAUGGCGGCGGUGCAGCAGACACAGCCCACCGUGCAGCUGCUGCUCUCCACCUCCGAGUUCGUGGGUGCGCUGGAGCUCAUCAACACCACCAAAGAGGUGCUGCAGCAGGAGCUCCAGGGCAUCCACAGCUUCAGACACCUGGGCUCUCAGCUGUGUGAAAUGGAGAAGCUGAUCGAUAAGAUGAUGGUGGCCGAUUUCACCACUUACUCCAGAAGCGACCUCAGCCGAACCUUCGAGGACGACAACCAAGUGCUGGAGAAGGACCGGCUGCAGUCUCUGGUCUUUGGCCUGCUGAGACAGAGGAAGCUGGAUUUCCUGGACAUCUACAGCGAGGAGAUGAUGCAAGCAGCGAAGGGCAUCGUCAGACAGUGUGUGAUAAAGUCGGUGUCUCAGAUUGAGGAUAUCGACACCGACACUGUCGUGAAACUACAGGAUCAGAUGAGGUUGAUGACGUUUGCUCAGUGGUUUGAGCUCCUGAAGAACGUGUUUGAGUAUUUCCUGCUCUUCCUCACCAGGAUCAAGGCCACUCUCGGGGUGAUCCGAAACGUGGUUCUGGAAAUCCUCGACAGCAGCCAGAGGAACCGAGCGGCUGACGCAUGCGCGCUCGCUGACGGCGGCUCCGCGGAGAACGAAGACGAGGAGGAGGACGAGGAAUCAGGUCUCCGUCCCGGAGAAGCCGAGCUCGCCUUCCUCACACACGAGGGGCUGUUCAUCAGCGACGCGUUAAACGAAGCCGAACGCCGCGGCAACGGCGCGUCCACUCAGACCAGAGCGCAAGCGAAAGAGGAAGCUUCGGGAAGCGACUCAGCCUCGGGCACUACGGAGUCGUCCUCCAGCAGAGAGCACAUCACAAACACUACCUCCUCCCUGACCACAGGGGGCGCCGCUGCACUUGAGGAUCUGAUGCCAUCUGAUCUGGAGCUGGGCAGAAUCGCCAACAACAUCCAGGAGCUGCUGUACACCGCCUCGGACAUCAGCCACGACCGCUGUGUCAAAGUCCUGCUGGCUAAGGCCAAGGACGGCUCUCUGGAGCGUCUGAGCUCGGCGGAGUUCGUGUGUGUGAGCCGGGCGGUGGAAGCCUUCGCCAAGGACACCGAGGCUCUGUGCUCCAGGCGGAGUGUGAGUCUGCGGGGGGCGCUGCAGAGUCAGGCCAAUCGCUUCGUCCACCGCUUCCACGAAGAGCGCAAGACCAAGCUCAGUUUGUUGUUGGACACAGAAAGAUGGAAGCAGGCUGAAGUUCCUGCUGAGUUCCAGCACCUGGUCGACUCCAUCGCUGACGGACACAUCACACUGCCCGAACGCAAACCUGCAGGUCCAGAAGAGAAGAAGCCGAGUGACUUCCUGCUGGUUGAUGGGCAGAAAUAUGCUGUCGUUGGGACGGUGCUGCUGCUGAUCCGGAUGUUUCUGGAAUACUGUCAGUGUGUGAACGACAUCCCGUCCAUCACCACCGACAUGCUGACACGCCUCUCGGACCUCCUCAAGCACUUCAAUUCCCGCAGCUGUCAGCUGGUGCUCGGGGCUGGAGCUCUGCAAGUGGUGGGACUGAAGACCAUCACCACCAAGAACCUGGCUCUGGUGUCUCGGUGUCUGCAGCUGGUUGUUCACUACAUCCCCAUAAUCCGAGCGCACUUUGAGACCAAACUCCAACCCAAACAGUACAGCAUCCUGCGCCACUUUGACCACAUCACCAAGGACUAUAAUGACCAUAUAGCUGAGAUCUCGGCUAAGUUAGUGGCUAUCAUGGACAGUCUGUUUGAGAAAGCACUAUUCAAGUAUGAAGUAAAGGCUCCGAUGCCGUCACUGUGUUUCCGUAAUUUGUGCAAGCAGAUGGCCAAAAUGCACGAGGCCAUCCACGAGCUCCUACCUGAGGAACAGACUCAGAUGCUGUUUCUGAGGAUCAAUGCAAGUUUUAAGCUUCACCUGAAGAGGCAGCUGGCUCGGCUCGGGGUGGUGAACGAUGGCGGACCACAGCAUGGGUUGGUGGUGGUGGACGUGGCCUUCUACACGGAGAACAUUCAGGCUCUGCGUUCUCUCGAGCGGUUGGACUUAAACAUGCCUGAGAUCUGGGAGCAGAAGAGGUGAUGAUGGACAGCCAGGCCCAGCCAAUCGGGUCUUUCCAUCUCCUCUCUGGUCGCUUACAACGACCUGCCCCGCCCCCCCCCCCCCCCUCCUUCUCACUUCCUCCUCUUCCUGGAGGACAUGGGGUCAGAGGUCACACAGGAAGUGAACACUGUAUACAAGACUUCUCUAUAAACACACUUUUUACCUCUUCGUCCAGAACUGCUGUGACGCCUAUUUUUUUUUUUUUUUUUUCCGGGAAUGAUCUGGAGCAUUAAAGCAUCAGACUUUCACUUCCAAGUGACCAAUCAGGAUAAGCUAAGGGAUCCUCUGUGGGCGGGAACUUUCUUCUUCUGUUGGGUUUAAAGCUCAGUGCCUCAUGGUGUGCUGUCGAUGCAGCGCAACUCUACACUCGUGUGCAAUCCUGUCAAAUGAUUAUGGAAUGAAACGGAGAAUAAAUUAUGAUUUUUUUUUUUGAUUUGAUGUUUAUAUAUGCACCAGUGGGUUUAAAAAUGUAAACUUGGGUAAUUUAUUUUCUUGUUCUGAUCUGAUUUUACUGGAUGAUUUAUUGUUUGUUUUUUGUUUUUGUUUUUUUUAAUAAUCAUCUUUACAACCUUAUGGUCAUGGAAUAUAACGAGAGCGGUUAUGAGGGAAGUGAGCGUGUUAAUUCAGAAAGGCUUUUGGAAAUGUCAUUAAAACCCCUUUACCCUUCCAGUAUUUUAACACCGAGGCCGAGAUUCUCCUCCGUCACUCCUCAAGCUUCCGAGUGGAAGUUUACACGUUACGCAUUAAUACAUUACUUCUUUCCAUUUUGGAGGCAGCUGCUUCAAAAGUCCUUGCAUCACCAGGCCACUUUUUUUUUUUUUUUUUUUUUUUUUACUGAGAAACAAACUUGUGGAAGCCUCAGCCUUCAGUCUCAUAAUCAGUCAUAAAUUUUAGCACUCUCUCUGCUCGUGACAUUGUAUAUUCACUAUCAUGAAGCUAAUUUGCUAGUUUAUCAGCUUUCCUGAGGACAGAUGUUUCCUUAUAGGCCUACAGCGAGUCUAAUCCUUUAGGAUUGUUGAACUUUUCAUAAUCUCAUGUACAGAUUUAGAUGAUUUGCCUACACCGAGGGAACAUAUGUGUGAUGCUGUUCUCAAAUUUGACCAAAAACUAGUAGAACCCUGCAUUAACAGGGAUGUCUCCACCACCAUGAAGUCUAGUCCUUCUUGUUGCUGAUUUGUAUGCCUCGAAUCCCCUUAAAAUAUACUACAUACACACAAGUGGUGAAGUGAGAGAAAUUGAGAGGAUGAGCAUUUCUGAAUGAGGCAGCUUUACCUUAAGCAUGCACAAAUCCCUGCCUCGAAAGCUGUCUUCUGACUGGAACACAUCUGUUUAUUGCGGUGUUGACAGACCCAAAUGCUUUCUUGUCAUAAAAACAGUACUUCCGUCUACAUGUCCAUCUUUAAAGUGCUGCUCUGUGGGAACUCGUCACGCCAUUAACUUGUGUUCUCGAUGGUGUUAACCCAUAAUGCCCAGCCGCAGCUACUAGGAGUGCUCAGUAUUUACGAUCAGGAGGAGGCGUGGCCUCUGCGGCGGUCAGUCCCGGCGAAGGAGGCGUGGCCUUGCAGUAACUCAAAUCAAUAAAUCUGCAUACUCAUCCCAAUCGUAUUGCAUCACAGCUUGAUGAAAUGGCUCCGAGUCGUAUCAUAGCCAUAUUUUAUACAUCAGAGUGUCGAUCAGUGAGAGAGACGUGCUCUUGGUACCUAAUGGCUUUUAUUUAUUGCUUUCCUAUUAUAUUUUGAGCACAUUUUAUGCAAAUAUGUGAACUGUCAGCCUCUGAAAAAAGAAAACACACUAAUAAGACGUGGACUAGGCAUUAUCAGGACUUUGGGAUUGAACGUUUCAGACAGCAAGCGAGAUGUUUUUAGUAUAUCUCAAUGCACAGAUCUUUAUUUUUUUGCCUCUGAUGUUCAUAACAUUAAGAAAAACAGUACAGACUGUGAGAGAAAACGCUCGCCCGGGUUUAACCACAGCACUGUCUUGGUCAAAAGUGCCUACUUUUGAUUCACCAUCAAAGACUACUUCUCUUCUGACCGACUUACAGCCUUGUGUGUGUGUGUGUGUGUGUGUGUGAGAGAGACAUCUGUAAGACCUACAGGAGAAAUCUGACGGCAUGCUUGAUGUUUUUUUUUUGUUUUGUUUUUUUAAACGGGAAAGUGACUUUAAAUAAACCCAAACUGUAAAUGGUUAAAAUGAGUCUAUCUUUUUUUUUUUUUUUUUUUUUAAAACUUGAA